AUGCAUGGUCCUACUAGAAAACAUAUGGGAACUUCCAAGAGAGUACUUAGGUACAUCCAAGGCACACUUGAUUAUGGCAUAGCAUAUGAGAAAGGGAAAGAAGCAAUGCUUAUUGGCUACUAUGAUAGUGAUUGGUCAGGGAGUGAGGAUGACAUGAAAAGCACAUUUGGAUAUGCAUUUAGUCUUGGAUCAGCAGAAGCCACUGCACAGGCAAUCUGGUUGAGAUUUGUUCUCACAGAUUUUGGUGAAGAACAGAUUGGUGCUAUUGAAAUUCUAUGUGACAAUACUUCAGCUAUAGCCAUAACCAAGAAUCAUGUGCAUCAUCACAAGACAAGGCACAUAAACAGGAGAUUUCAUUUCAUUCAUGAUGCUUUGAAAAAUGGGGAGAUUGAUAUAUUAUACUGCAAGAUUGAGGAGCAAACUGCAGAUAUUUUUACCAAGGCUUUGGCCAAGGAUCGUUUUGAAUACUUGAGGAGAAAGCUUGGAGUAAUCUCAGCUAAACACUUAGAAGGGAGUGUUGAAGUAUAA